UGCUGUGGAGAUGGUGCGCUUCAAACACCGGUACUUGCUGUGUGAGCUCGUGUUCGAGGACCCUCGCUGCCGCGCCUGCCUGGAGGAGAGGAUCCUGUUCAGCCUCGUGCGGGACGCCAUCGCCCGGGCUCACGGGGCCUUCGGCGCGGCCGCUUGCGCCCUCGCCUUCACGGUGAAGUACCUCAAUGCCUACACUGGGGUAGUGCUACUUCGAUGUCGGAAAGAGUUCUACCAGCUCCUGUGGUCAGCUCUGCCCUUUAUUACUUAUUUAGAGAACAAGGGACAGCGAUAUCCCUGCUUCUUCAAUACACUGCAUGUAGGAGGGACAAUCAGAACCUGUCAGAAGUUCUUGAUUCAGUAUAACAGACGUCAGCUUCUGAUCUUAUUGCAGAAGUGCACCAAUGAAGAAGAACGGGAAUCCAUCAAAAAGUCGGUCAUGAGCUGUUCAUUAGAAGAACAGCAGGAAGAUGAGCUUUCAGGAAGUGGAAGUGAGGAGGAUGCCACAGAGAUGGAAUGAGUGUCUGAUGGGACGUCCUCUCCUAAAGGCAGUGAAGUUUCUAUUCCCUGGCUAACAGUGGAUUCAACCCAGACACCUUACAGAGCCUCCCCGUUCUCUUUCAGAAAAGAUUCAGGAAUAAAAUUCUGAUGGUCAAGAACCAUGAGUUUAUGAAAACUGUUUUCAAACCA